GCGAAAAUGAUGCAGAGCACCCGGAUGACAAUGACGAAACUUCUGCUGGCACUGGCCUGCGCCGGAGUGCUGGUGGGACUAGCGGCUGCGGACGAGGAGGAGGUGUCCAUGACCGUAGACGAGGUGGUGGAGCUGAUCGAGCCCUUUGGCGACGGCUGUACCCCCAAGCCGUUGAGGGAGCACAUCGUCGAAAUGGUGCUGAACAAGGAGGACGCCAAGCACGAGAGCAAGUGCUUCCGCCACUGCAUGCUGGAGCAGUUCGAGCUGAUGCCCGAGGGCCAGUUGCAGUUCAACGAGGAUAAGACCGUGGAGAUGGUCAACAUGAUGUUCCCGGAUCGCGAGGCCGAUGGCCGGCGCAUCGUCAAGACCUGCAACGAGCAGCAUAAGGCGGAGAAGGACAAGUGUGAGGCUGCCCACGGCAUCGCCAUGUGCAUGCUCCGCGAGAUGCGCUCUUCUGGCUUUAAGAUUCCCGACAUCAAGGAAUAAGGCCAUUGAGCAGGCCGCCUACUGCUUGCUCUCCAAUAUUUUUUUUUGUGUUAGUACAGUUCAGUUUAAUUAGAAACAGCUCGAGAACUUUGAGUGGUUCCCGACACAAAUAAAGCGCCCAACCAACGAAA